GGAGCCCGGGAUUCAGCGACCGACCCCCCCCCGCCGCCUCCUUCCCGGAUUUCGGCUCGAGGAUGUGAUGCAGCUCACCUUUCCCAAUGCCACCCUCGCCACUGGAAGAGCGGAUUGGCGUGCUGCAGAGGCCCAAGACUUUGGCUCUGCGUCUCAGCCACAGCUUCGUCACCCACAGCGGUGGCGGGGAGAAGCCGCCAUCCCCGUCCGCGGCCUGCCGAGCCACCAGCCAGGGCCCCUGCGAAGCGGCGCAUCGUCGGAGCAGCGUCCUCCUCCCCGGCCACCCCCAGGUCCUCGACCUCAAGCUGCGGACAAGUGGCGGGCCGCCGGGCCGAGGGCCGGAGCGCGGCUUUGCCUCGCCGCCAGACCUUAAGUGGGGUGAGAAGAAGGGGGUGCUGCCACCCCAGCUGAAGGCACUUCUGCCCCAGGCCAAGCUCAAGAAGCGGGAUUUCAAGGAGAACUCCAGGCCUGCAGGGGAGGCUUCCCCCAGCUCCUCCUUGCCCCCCAGCCCGGCUGGCACCAUGCGCCCCUUGAAGUGCGGCUGCUGGGGCUGCUGGCGGCUGAUGCGCUGUGAGGAGGCCGGGGCCAAGUCUGGCCUGCGCUCCCUGGGCAGCUUCUCUGGCCGGUCCAGUCUGCGCUCCCUGGACUGCCCCAGCUGCAGCCCGCAGUCCGUGAAGAAGCCGGGCUGCUUCUCCUGCGCCCCGGUGGCCCUGCGCUCCCUGGCUUGCCUGACCUGCAACCCCUCGGUCAAGUCGGCCAGCUCGUCCUGCAGCUUCUGCAGCAGCGACCCCAUUGUGGCCUACGACUCCCGGGCGGGCCCCUCGCCCGCUCCCAGCUGCUACGGCAGGGAAGACGACCGGGAGGAGGAGGAAGAGGACGACUACACGGUCCGCACCAUCUGGCCCGACGAGCUGGCCAGGAAGAUGAGCAAGGCCCGUAUGCAGCCCCCGCCGUGGGGCCAGCAGCAGACGUCCCCCUUGAUCCUGGACUGCCGCAACCUGGUAGAAUUCACCAAGACUCAGCUGCAGGGCGCCAUGCGCUUGGGGGCACCCGACGCACUGGGACGGCGACGGUUCCAGCAAGGGAAACUGGCCGUGCUGGAUUUCCUCUCUGCCCGGGGUGCCUGUGACGGCCGGGACUCCUCGCUGCAGCGCCUCUGGUCCAAGGAGGGGACCGGCUGCGGGGGCGUCCCGGAAUCUCCGCCGGCCAGCCCCCCCACGCCCCAGCCUACGCAGAACCUGCACCUUGUCCUGGAUCUGGUCCACAAAGAUGAGCAAGAAGGGCCUGGUAAGAGAGGUGGGCCAGUCGGGUCGGAGAUCUCAGACGACUCGGGCUCCCCGCUCACCCCCGACUUGGAGAAUGCCGAGCUGAGCCCCAUCCUCCCGUUCCUCUUCCUGGGCAACGAGAGGGAUGCCCAGAAUCUGGAAAAGAUGCUUCACCUCAAUGUGGGCCACGUCCUGAACGUCACCACCCACCUGCCCCUCUACCACGCUGACAGCGGGCGACUCCGUUACAAGCGCCUGCCGGCCACCGACAACAACCGCCAGGACCUGCGGCAAUACUUUGAGGAGGCUUUUGAGUUCAUCGAGGAGGCUCAGCAGAGCGGCAAGGGGGUCCUGAUCCACUGCCAGGCCGGCGUCUCCCGCUCAGCCACCAUCGUGAUCGCCUACCUGAUGAAGCACACCCUGAUGACCAUGGGCGACGCCUACAAGUACGUCAAGGGCCGCCGGCCGGUCAUUUCGCCCAACCUCAACUUCAUGGGGCAGCUCCUGCAGUUCGAAGCGGACCUCAAUGGUGGCGUCACGCCCCGCAUCCUCACCCCCAAGCUGGCCGGUGUGGAGACCGAGGUGUGAACGGGAUGGAGCGUUGGGGGACCUCCUCCGUCAACUCUCAGGG